AUGUGGCAGAGGAAUCAGACUUCUCUGGAAGACUUCAUCCUUGAGGAACUUUUUGAUGACUCCCUGCUCCACCUUUUUCUCUUCUCCUUCACCAUGGUAGUCUUCCUUAUUGCAGUGAGUGGCAACAGCCUCACCAUUCUCCUCAUCUGUGCCGACCCCCGGCUUCACACACCCAUGUACUUCCUGCUCAGCCAGCUCUCCCUCAUGGACCUGAUGCACGUCUCCACAACCAUCCCCAAGAUGGCUGCCAACUACCUAUCUGGCAAGAAGUCCAUCUCCUUUGUUGGCUGUGCAGUCCAGCACUUCCUGUACUUGUCUGUGGGUGGUGCUGAGUGCAUUCUCCUGGCUCUCAUGUCCUAUGACCGCUAUGUUGCCAUCUGUCAUCCACUGCGUUAUUCUGUGCUCAUGAGCAGAAAGGUGGAGAUUAUGAUGGCUGUUGUGUUGGAAUGUGAUUACUGAGGGGGGGGUGUCUCCAGAUAGACCACCAACCACACUGACAAGGAUCAAAUCAGCUUUAUUGCCAGUGCCUUCAUGGUAUUUAAAUCACCUUGAAAGCAUCAGACAGAAGUUUACUCUCAUUUUUAUAUCUUUAUGUUUCUAGAGGAGGGGGCAAUAGCAAUUAUAGUUGAUGGGGAGACAACAAUCAAUCUAAACAUAAUUACAUAAACAAAAGGUCCAUGAAGGGAGGAGCAGGAGAUUUGGCAGGACUUUCUUUGCCCUAGUGAGUCUGUCUUACAGCAGUGACUACAGUUAUGAUAUAUCUUUCUCAGCAAGCACAGUCACGCAGUUAACCCAUAGUUGCCCAUUUUUAUACUGGGAGACAGUUGCCACCCUCAAUUUUGUGACUGGGGGCAGUUAUUAACUGCUUCCUAAUUCACACACUAAUGGUGCUGCACUUUCCUUUCUGUGGACCUCAGAAAGUGCACCACUUCUAUUCUGAGUUUCUAGCUUUUGUGAACCAGUAUGUGGUGAUAUUGCUCUUUAUGAGGCCACAGCAUAUAUCAGCUCCAUCACACUUCUCCUUAAUCCUCUCAUCCUGGUUCCUACAUCCUCUGGCUUCAUCAUUCACAGCGUACUCAGGUGUGUCAAGCCAGCAGUAAGAGAAAUGCCUUUACCACUUGUAGCUCUCAUCUCCCUGUGGUUUUCUUCUUGUUUAAUGCUCGUAUCUUCUUGUAUGGAGACACAGGUCCCAGCAUACCUUGUCUUGUUUC